AUGGUCGUUGAAUGCGAACCGGACGUGGAUAAAAUGCUGAAGGUGGAGGAAGUGGGUGUUGUUUCGGAACGCAGAGAGAAGACUAAAAGAGGAAAAGAGGAAGACGACACAACAGAAGACUUGGGCUGUGAAGACGCGGAAUCGAACGAAGACAGCGAAGAUAUAUCUCAAGAAGAGCAGAAGACUGAGCAGACGGAGGAAGAUAAUAAACCAAGGAAGUUUUUGAAACCGGGCGUGUUCGAUGAAAUUCCUGUGGUUGGUGGUAGGUGCUGUGGCUGCAAAAAUAAGUUUGAUACUAUAAGAGCACCUCCACGGGAGUGCACUGAUAAGCAUCUGUACGGUCAUCAGUCCCGAAUGCUCAAAGCAACCAAGAACCAUAUGUGCGUCGAGUGUGGUUUAAGGUUCAAGCAUCCUGGUCUGCUGCGGGAUCACGAAAUUACACACACGGGAGAGAGGGCGUUCAAGUGUUCAGAGUGUCCCGCAACAUACAACAGUAAGGAGAGCUAUCGUAAACACAUCAAGCUCCAUAGCGAUCCGGCGAACAAGUACAAAUGUGACAUAUGUGGUUGCAGUUAUCGGCAUGCAAAAGGACUCAAAGAACACAUAACUGCCGAGCACACCGGAGAGCGUCCCCACAAGUGCUCACAUUGUCCGGCGAGGCACGCGCGCACAUCCGGUCUCAGUUCGCACUUGCUCAGCCACAGCGUACAGAAGCUUCAUCGGUGUCCAAAAGGAAAGGAAUUCAAGCGGUUCUCGGAGUGCAAACAGCAUGUCAACUUUUUCCACCACAAGCUGAAGCCAUUUCCGUGCUUCUUUUGUCCAAGGCAGUACCCGCGAAAAGACUAUCGCAAACGGCACAUGGUUAGUGCGCACGCGGAGGAGCUUCGUAAUAAUCCGCUUCCGCCGGUGGAGCUGUUCGGUAACCCCCGAUGGAACGAACUCAAGGCGAACGCGGUUCCUCCGGUGCAAACGUUAAGUUCAAUAUAAAGUAGCGGAUGCAGUCAGUCAGUGACACUAAGCACAAUGUUCGUACUUGAAAUCGUAUUCCGGAAGGAUGUGAUU